AUGGCAAACCCUCCUCCCAUAGUUCUCGAUGGCGGUACCGGCUUCCUCAAGGUCGGCUAUGCCGCCCAAAACUUCCCCGAGUUCCAAUACCCGUCCAUCGUCGGCCGACCGAUCUUGCGUACCGAAGAGAAGGGCGGGAGCGAUAUGGUAAUCAAGGACAUUAUGUGCGGCGAUGAGGCAGCGGCCGCCCGCACCAUGCUUCAAGUCAGCUACCCUAUGGAAAACGGCAUUGUCAAGAAAUGGGACGAUAUGCAGCACCUCUGGGAUUACACGUUCUACGAGAAGAUGAAGGUCGACCCGCGCGGAAGGAAGAUUCUACUCACUGAACCCCCUCUGAACCCUCUGAAGAACCGGGAGCAGAUGUGCGAAGUCAUGUUUGACCGGUACGAGUUUGGGGGAGUAUACGUUGCCAUUCAGGCCGUGUUGGCGCUCUAUGCCCAAGGUUUGAGCUCCGGCGUUGUUGUCGACUCCGGUGACGGUGUGACGCAUAUCGUCCCCGUUUACGAAUCCGUCGUUCUCAACCACCUUACCCGACGCCUCGACGUAGCCGGCCGCGACGUGACCCGCAACCUCAUCGCCCUCCUCCUUCGUAGGGGAUACGCAUUGAACCGGACGGCCGAUUUCGAGACGGUGCGCCAGAUUAAGGAGAAGCUCUGUUACGUUUCCUAUGACCUAGAGCUAGACAAGCGGUUAAGUGAGGACACGACGGUGCUGGUGGAGAGUUACACGCUGCCUGACGGCCGAGUCAUUCGCGUCGGGUCGGAACGUUUCGAGGCCCCCGAGUGCUUGUUCCAGCCUCACCUUGUCGACUGCGACCAGCCGGGAAUCGCUGAGUUCCUUUUCAACACCAUCCAAUCCGCUGACGUCGAUGUUCGAUCGUCUCUGUUCAAAGCUAUUGUUUUGUCUGGAGGUAGCAGCAUGUACCCGGGCCUGCCGUCGCGUCUGGAAAAGGAGCUCAAGCAAUUGUGGCUCACGAGGGUACUAGGGGGCAACCCGGAGCGGUUGAACAAAUUCAAGGUUAGGAUAGAAGACCCGCCGCGGAGACGGCACAUGGUCUUUUUGGGCGGUGCGGUCUUAGCCAAUAUCAUGGCCGACAACGAGAACCCGGCGGACCGCGGGACCGGCUCCAUGGGUUAUCAAAGUAAGGUCCGAGUGACAGACAAGUACAAGGUGGUCGGUUUUAUCAGUAGCGGAACCUAUGGCCGCGUCUACAAGGCCUUGGGCCGCCAUGGGCAGCCAGGCGAAUUCGCCAUUAAGAAGUUCAAGCCCGACAAGGAAGGGGAACAAGCGUCGUAUACCGGAAUCUCCCAGUCAGCGGUCCGAGAGAUGGCUUUGUGCUCCGAACUGAACCACCCGAACGUGAUCCGGCUGGUUGAGAUUAUCUUGGAAGACAAGUGUAUCUUCAUGGUUUUCGAGUACGCAGAGCACGACCUCCUCCAAAUCAUCCACCACCAUACGCAACAGCCCCGCCACCCUAUCCCGCCAACCACGAUCAAAAGCAUCAUGUUCCAACUCCUGAACGGAUGCCAGUACCUACACACCAACUGGGUGCUUCACCGUGACCUGAAACCGGCCAACAUCAUGGUUACGUCCUCUGGCGAGGUCAAGAUUGGCGAUCUGGGUCUGGCACGCCUUGCGUACAAACCCCUUCACAGUCUUUACAGUGGCGAUAAAGUGGUGGUGACGAUAUGGUAUCGCGCCCCAGAAUUAUUGCUCGGUAGCCGGCACUACACUCCAGCAGUCGAUAUGUGGGCUGUGGGGUGUAUCUUUGCGGAAUUGCUCUCCCUGAGGCCCAUUUUUAAGGGCGAAGAAGCUAAGAUGGACAGUAAGAAAACAGUACCUUUCCAACGAAACCAGAUGCAGAAAAUUGUCGACAUCAUGGGCCUGCCAACCAAAGAGAGAUGGCCGCUCUUAACGAGCACCCCGGAGUACAGCCAGCUCCAAACUCUGCAGCCGCCCAUCAGCCACGGCGGCCACCAUGGGCAUCACAACUACCAGGCCCAACGGCAGGCCAUGAACGCCGGGGUUAGCCAUCUGGAGAAAUGGUACCAUAACAUCAUCAACCAGCAGACAGGUGGAUCUGGCCCCGGGUCCGGAACAAGUCCUCUCGCGAGUCUAGGGCCCGAAGGCUACAAACUCCUGGCGGGGCUUUUGGAGUACGACCCGGAGAAGAGGCUCACGGCCGCGGCGGCAUUGCAGCAUCCGUUUUUUAACACGGGGGAUCCCGUCAGUGCCAACUGCUUUGAGGGGCUCAAGACGGAGUAUCCACACCGCCGGGUCAGCCAGGACGACAACGAUAUUAGGACGAGCUCGUUGCCGGGGACGAAGAGAAGCGGCUUGCCGGAUGAUUCGCUGAGGCCGGUGAAGAGAAUUAAGGGGGAAUGA